UCGCGCGGCGUCGGGCGGCGCCUGCCGGGACCCCGCAGCCUGGCGCGGGCGGCGGCGGGUGAUGGAGAGCAGAGCUCCGGCCCGCGCCGUGUCCCCGGGUGCGCUGCUACCCUGCACCUGAAUCGGGAGGCCCCCGCCCCGCGCGCCCUUUCCGCGGCCCCGCCACUCCGGCCGGCAUGUGGGCGCCGGGGCGCUCAACCGAAGCGCGAAGCAACCUGUCAAGCGCCGCGGAGGACUGCGGCUCGGUGUCGGUGGCGUUCCCCAUUACCAUGAUGGUUACCGGCUUCGUGGGCAACGCGCUGGCCAUACUACUUGUGUCGCGCAGCUACCGGCGCCGUGAGAGCAAGCGAAAGAAGUCUUUCCUGCUGUGCAUUGGUUGGCUGGCGCUCACCGACUUGGUGGGGCAGCUCUUGACCAGCCCGGUGGUCAUCCUCGUGUACCUGUCACAGCGGAGCUGGGAGCAGCUCGACCCAUCGGGGCGCCUAUGCACCUUCUUCGGGCUGACCAUGACGGUGUUCGGGCUGUCCUCGCUCCUGGUGGCUAGUGCCAUGGCCGUGGAGCGCGCGCUGGCCAUCCGCGCGCCUCACUGGUACGCCAGCCACAUGAAGACUCGCGCCACGCGCGCCGUGCUGCUAGGCGUCUGGCUGGCCGUGCUGGCUUUCGCACUGCUGCCGGUGCUGGGGGUGGGCCGAUACAGCGUGCAGUGGCCCGGCACGUGGUGCUUCAUCAGCACCGGGCCCGCGGGCAACCAGACCGACCCUGCGCAAGAGCCGGGCAGCGUGGCCUUUGCCACCGCCUUUGCCUGCCUGGGGCUACUGUCUCUGGUGAUCACCUUUGCCUGCAACCUGGCGACCAUCAAAGCCCUAGUGUCCCGCUGCCGGGCCAAGGCCGCCGCCUCUCAGUCCAGCGCCCAGUGGGGCCGGAUCACCACCGAGACCGCCAUCCAGCUCAUGGGGAUCAUGUGUGUGCUGUCUGUCUGCUGGUCUCCGCUUCUGAUAAUGAUGCUGAAAAUGAUCUUCAACGAGACGUCCGUUGAGCAGUGCAAGACACAGACGGGAGAGGAGAAGGAGUGCAAUUCCUUUCUAAUUGCAGUGCGCCUGGCUUCGCUGAACCAGAUCUUGGACCCCUGGGUUUACCUGCUGCUGAGAAAGAUCCUUCUUCGGAAGUUCUGCCAGAUCGGGCACCGCCCCAACUACACCUCCAGCUCUACCUCCCUGCCCUGCCCAGGCUCCUCAGCCCUGAUGUGGAGUGACCAGCUCGAAAGAUGACGAACACCCCGAGAUGGACGUUCCAUUGCAGUUCCCCGCUAUCCCUGUGAAUCUCUUCACCCCGAGAAAGAUAACUGAAAUACUUCGGAUUGAGUCUCCUUUUUGGCCCCACGUUUUAAUUGUUUUCUUGCCACUAAAGGCACCAGGACGAGCUUUCUUAUGGUACUGCGAGCUUCUGGAUGUUGACGGGCUCCUGUGAAGACUUGCGCUUGAGGAGUGGGGCGGAACCGCAUGGGCGCGGCUAGCGAGCAGCAGCAUCUCCAACUCCAGCGCCGCUGGACCGUCUUCACGCGUUUCAGGAGUUUGAUUCUCCUACAGAGAUUUGAGAAAGCAGUGUACCUUUUCAACAGCGAAACAUCAAUGCGUUGAGAGCUAGGGCCCCCCCUAAUAAGCUAUGAGCUUAACAAGACAAAAAAAGCCGCAUGCGCAUGGGGGGGGCAUGGCGCAAAGGGUGUUUGUGCAGAGCAGGCACGGGACACCACAGAGCUGUGUCCUUCUCAGUGAGGCUGGGAAAUAAAGUUUCUUAGUUCUGGUUACAGGCCCCUCAGCAAUUCAGGAAUCGCACUGUCGCUUCCCUGCCCUUAAAGGGAGCAGUUCAGCAAAGGGUGCCUUCCAAGUUCCACUAACGGUUCCAAGGCUAGAUGACUAAACGCUCAGUUAAAGCCAUGAAAAGGAAAGCCAGACAUAGCCAGCUAAUUACGGCUCCAGUCCAAUCUUAUUUCUGAAUCACCAUCAGCUUAAGAUUUCUCUCAAUUUGUGCUCAGGCAGCCCUCACAGGCAGGGGGCAAAAAUGAGUAAGCAGACGCUUGUUCUACGUCCGAGUCUGUGACUUUUUAGGAAGCAAAAUGAUUUUUGUCUGUGUUGGAAUAGUGAACUUUAAAGAGCAUUUGAGUUCUUGAGUAGCUCCCAUCCAGUACUCAUUUACCUGUCUGUAAAUCCAUCAACCUGUUUUUCCUUUUUCAACCUGCACUGUUGUUGAUUCCACACCCUACCCUUCCCGGUCACUUAGUUGAGCAGACAUCUGGUGUCCGUCUAGGCAUUCAGUGUACAGUGCUGUCACCUGUGUAGGUCUCAUCUGUGAAGGGAUGAGAAUCUGAGAUGUGUUGUUCCGCCCUAGGAUCCUGGACCAGGAUUCCAUCGUCGUCGCCCUGUCCACCCAUAACUAAACGCUGCGGCUUGUGAAUCAGCAGUCAGCUCCCGUGGGCUUUAUUUCGAAUCUGUUUCCACAGCAGUCUUAACCUAGCCCUUAGCCGAUUCACACAUACAACCCUCUUCUCACAUUUGAGGUUCAGUGGCCAUCACCUAGCGCGGGUUAAAAACCACCCUCGGAGAAAUGCCCGCCACUCAGCUUCCAUGGGUUAUGGAGCUGUCAUCUUCUGCUUCAUCUUCCCAAGACAGAGCUCUGUUCAGGGUUCUCCAUAAGUGCCAUUGCUUGAGAUGUGCUGCAGUGACAUCCCACUUGUAGGGCCGGAUGAUGUAGCAUGAUUACGGGUUUCUAAAGCAAAGUUAGACCUGACUCUCCGACGCACCAGGCCCUGUGCCCCAGAGAAAGCAUCAUUGCACACCACCAGGUCUCACGAUAACCUUCCUAUGAACUGAAAACUGUCCUUGAAGUUUAUGCAACGUGUUAGACCAGUAAGCACUGACAGUGAUUAGUUUGUUGUUCGGAAUUAUUCCCAAGUACUUGACACGAGCUCUCAGCUUCAACGUCAGACUGACUUCUUUGCUGCCUGGGGUUGAAUGUCAUGGGCAGAAAUCCACUUCAAAUCCAUUUGCAAGAUCUCGUCAUCAAUUUUUUUUUACCAUUGCAGAACUUUCCAGUUCCCGGGUGUUCUCUCCCUGUCUUAGGCCUUGGAUAAUUCAUAUCUCUGUGUGUAUUCAUCCGUACCCUUGUUCUGACAUUACAUGGAGGCCACAGUAUCGUGUCACACUGUUCCUUAAAUACGUCCACUCUCUGUGCUUUUUUGAAAAAGAAUGGCUGGAUCCCUUUUUCUUAUAUACUUUUUAAAAAAUCUCUUAGCACCAUGUU